UGCCCCUGGUAACGGGGGAGGCAGCAGCAGCAGCAGCAGCAGGAGGAGGAGGUGGAGGAGGAGGUGGAGGAGGAGGAGGAGGAGGAGGCGGAGGCGGAGGAGGAGGAGGAGGAGGGACCCGGCGGGAGGAUGGGCUUGCUCUCAAUUCUGCGCAAACUGAAAAGUGCACCGGACCAGGAGGUGAGAAUCCUUCUCCUGGGCUUGGAUAAUGCUGGCAAGACCACUCUCCUGAAGCAGCUUGCAUCUGAGGACAUCAGCCACAUCACACCUACACAGGGUUUCAACAUCAAAAGUGUACAGUCUCAAGGUUUUAAACUCAAUGUAUGGGACAUUGGUGGACAGAGGAAAAUCAGACCAUACUGGAGGAAUUAUUUUGAAAAUACAGACAUUCUCAUAUAUGUAAUUGACAGUGCAGACCGAAAAAGAUUUGAAGAGACGGGCCAGGAACUAGCUGAACUGCUGGAAGAAGAGAAACUGAGUUGUGUGCCAGUGCUCAUCUUUGCUAACAAGCAGGACCUGCUCACGGCAGCCCCCGCCUCGGAAAUCGCCGAGGGGCUGAACCUGCACACCAUCCGCGACCGGGUCUGGCAGAUCCAGUCUUGCUCGGCUCUCACCGGAGAGGGCGUUCAGGACGGCAUGAACUGGGUCUGCAAAAAUGUCAACGCAAAGAAGAAAUAAAAGCACGGAGGUGCGGGAGCUGCGGGCGCCGGAUUCCACCCUGGAAACACUGAUUUGCUGCUUUCUGACCAAAUGUUUUCCCAUCUGUGCGCACAGCUACAGCUGUUUGGAGAGAGGGACCAACACAGCCGAGAAAGAAUCCCCAUUCCAGCAGUAGAUUUAACUGAUCUCUGAGGUUCAGUAUCAUUUUUCAAAUAAAGGAAUUAGAUUAUUUCCUCUGCAUAA